AUGAGUGGCUUGCUCCAUCAUUGGCCGGAGCUAUCGAGGAUAGCUGAUAACGUAGCUUGGAGCUCAAUCGCGCCAUGCAGUCACCCCGCACCUUGGCCUCUUGAGUUCGGCUCUCCGUUCACAACUCUCUCAGUCUCUCACCUUAUCACCUCGACUGCCUCCAACUUCCUUCACCUCUCCCUGAUUUGGAUAACUUACUUGGCUCGGCCUACUUGA